AUGGUCUGGGUAAUCCCGGAAACCAAUGAGGUCUUUACCAGCUAUGAGCCGUAUCUUCAGCGGAUGGACUUCUACAAACAGCGGAGGUUCAUCUGCGAGAUUACGGGUCAUUCGGGACUGACCUUUUUCGAAGCUCUCAAAAGCGAAAUGGAGGAGUCGCGAGAGGUCAAUAAUUCUUUCCCCGAGGCCUUGAAAGAGCCCAUUUUGCGCCGGAUCCAGUUCUCCACCGUAUCGCGGGUCGAUAAUCUUGAUAAUGCACGUCUUCAUGGUGUCAUUCGAGAUAAGGUUAAUUUCGCCGACCAACUGUAUCCCGACGGAACGAUCAAGACUCGGGGUUAUGCGACUUAUCUUGUGAAGGUUUUGGAUCGCCCCAACGAGGAAGCUCUUACCGAUCAGGAACACAUUACACGAGAUCGAAAGACAUUUACCAAGCAGAUGUUGCGCGCCUUCAUCAAGAACAACGUUACUCGCGAAUCCUGGAAUGGUGCACCCUGGUUAGUGAAGCCUUCGAUUGCCGAGGAAUACAGAAUCUCCACCGAAGUCCCGAAGCAUCUCCAGUACGGCGCCAAAGUUGCCGAAAAGAAGGCGAUGAAGAAGGCCGACCAGGAUGGUUUCUUUGGUUUCUUUGCCUCUCAGCAGCUGCCCGAAUUGAAACCUGCCGUCAAAGGCCAAAAGUCAAAGCCUUCUCAUAAUGAUCUGGCCCGCUCGAAGGAGGCACAGUUUCUCGAGUAUCAACGUUCGCUCAACGGGAAUCCCACUUUCGUGGUUAACAACAAGCCCGGUGGCAGUGGCCGUUCGUCCAAGUCCCAGGAGCCUGACAGAAAGUCGCAAAUGUCUCCGGCAGUGGUCGUUCAGGCUGAGCCGCCUAGGCCGCCAUCUCCUCCACCGAUCAAAUAUCCGAUUGAGGAUCUUGACAUUGCUCCAGAUCGCGAGAAAAAGAAACAGCGCCCACCUUUGAAGUUUUUGUCCUUGGACGAGACCGACGAUCCCAGGGACGAAGACCUGCUGCAUGACGAUCUUGAUCCAAAAUCCGUGGGGUUGCUCUUGGAGACCUGGAACACUCUCAAUGUUUAUUGCGAGGUCUUCGAAUUAGAUUCAUUUACCUUUGAUGAUUUUUUUCAGGCUAUGCGAUUCUCUAACGAGGACAUCGAUUGCGAGCUCUUUGUGGAGGUGCACUGUGCGGUCUUGAAGAAGCUUGUGAACGCCGAGAAGGACGACGGAGGUGCCAUCCAGAUCUCACUGCCGGAGCUCCCUGACGAGGAUUCUGAAGAGUCAGAGGAGGAAGAGGAAGAAGAGGAAGCUUCCCCUGAACCCGAACCAGUCAUGACCAGGAUGACCACUCGAAGCAGUCUUGCCAAGGCCGAAGCCGAAAACCUGAAGGCGCAAGCGAACGGGAGCGCUGAUGCUGAACUCAAAAUCCAUCGUGCCGCUGAAUUGUUUAAGGACCACAGUUGGAUUGACCGUCUGAGGAAACGGGAUUUUCGCAACGGUGGAUGGGAGAUGGUUAUGGCAGGACUACUUUACCGCCUAUCUGCCAGACCUCGGAUGGAGGGCGUCUGCAACGAUAUUCUGAAACAUCUGGCGCCACUUGAGGAAGAGCCGACCCAGGAGACCGUCCAAGCGCAAUAUGCUACGUUGAACUUGAAUCUCCGCAUCAAAGCCCUUGAGAUCAUCUGCAUGCUCAGCUUGGAGACCAAGUCCAUUCGCAACUACCUCGAAGAGUGUAGCAACCAGAUGACCGAGUUCCGUAAAGAGAAGAUCGAAUACCAGAAAGCCCGCAAAGCAGCCCUCGAGGAGCUUCGUCGGUUACACCAAGAGCGGAAAGCGCUUCAGCCCGAGCCGGAGAAAUCACCAUCCCCCCCACCUGAAUUAGAGGCACUGGAGGACACCAAGAUGACCGGCGUGGAUGGAGAUUCUGAACUGCCUGCCGAUUCCGAUGACGAAACCCAGCCUGAGAGAUCGCUCCGUGGUGGGAUGGAUCGAGUGCUGGAGAGGAAGCGGAAGCAAGAGGAGGAGAGGGAACGAAAGGAACAACAGGCCAAACAACCGAAAGGCUCCAAACAGUACCAGCGUGUGCUCAAGAAGAUCGAGGACCAAAAGGCGCAGAUUGCCAAACUGGAGGAAAAGAUCGAGACCGUGGACAAUGACCUGCGGGAAGCUGACUGUCCACGGACUAAGUGUCUCGGCAAGGACCGUUUCUGCAACCGGUACUGGUGGUUUGAGAGGAACGCUAUGCCGUACGGCGGCAUGCCCAACAGUUCAACAGCGGAGGCACAGUAUGCGAACGGCCGUCUCUGGGUCCAGGGUCCUGAUGAGAUGGAACGCAUCGGGUUCAUUCAUGUGUCGGACGAGCAAAAGAAGCAGUACCAAAAGGAGUUUCACAUGACACCGCUGGAACGGAAGAAGGCUGAGGAAGGGCCCACCCGACUGUUCAAUGCACACGAAUGGGGUUACUACGAUGAACCGGAGGCGAUCGAGAAGCUGAUUGAGUGGUUGGACUCGCGCGGGAACCGGGAGUUGAAGCUACGCAAGGAGCUGAUAUUGCAACGGGACAACAUCGUGAAACAUAUGAGGCUUCGCAAGGACUAUCUGGCCCAGACCGCGGAGACGUCCGAGUCGGAGGAGCUGCCCGCAAAACGGGUGACGACACGCAACAAGACGUAUGUGGAAGAGCGCAGCAAGCAUCGGUGUCUCCGCUGGCGCAACAGCACGGCGCUCUCCGAGAAUGGACAUCUCCAUGUGGAUGCGUCCCGGCCCAACAAACGAGCCAAGCGAGCUACGGAUGACCCGAAGGAGAUUAAGAACCGGCAGGGCAAACCCUUGACACGACAAGGCUCGCGAUACAACUUCUAG